UCGCCCCGCCCCGUCACCCCCCCCCCCCACUUCCGCUCCUGCGCGCCCGGGCUUUGGCGAACCGCGCUGUCAGGACGACAUGGCCACUUCCCGCUUGCCCCCAGCAACACUAACACUCAAGCAGUUCAUGAGAAGGCAGCAAGUUCUCCUCCUCUACAGAAGGAUUUUGCAGGCAAUUCGGCAAGUUCCAAAUGAUUCUGAUCGCAAAUACCUGAAGGACUGGGCAAGAGAAGAAUUCAAAAGAAACAAAAGUGCCACGGAAGAGGAUACAGUCCGGAUGAUGAUUACUCAAGGCAAUAUGCAGCUCAAAGAGUUAGAAAAAACACUUGCUUUGGCCAGAUCUUAACUACAGCAUUGUUCUGAAAGGUUUUCAAAGUCUCCAUGUGUUUAGUUGAGCUUAGGCUCAAUUAUGGGCAGCCCAAAGCCAAGUGAAACUGUUUAUAUGUAGAACCCUUGAGCAAAAUAUCAGAACAUGGAGCAUAGCAUAUCAGAGAGAAAGCCAAGAAAAGUGCAUCAAAAGAAUUGUCUUAGCACGGAAAAACACACCCCGUAUUUUGAAAAUGUUUUUGGAUGUGUCAGCAGUAUUUUAUAAGAAGCAAAAAUCAGUACAACAGAUAGUCAGCACAUAAAAAAGAUGUUCAACACCAUUAAUCAAUCAUCAAGGAAAUGCAAAUCAAAACCACCAAGAGAUGCUAUUCACAUCUACUAGGAUGACUGUAAUUAAAAAGGGAGGUAACUGCAAAUGUUUGUGAGGACAGAAAUUGGAACCCUUAUACAUGGCUGGUGGGACUAUAAAAUUGUGCAGCCACUUUGGAAACAGACUGUCCAGAUGCCCAAAGGGUAAAACAGCAUUAUUCAUAAGAGCCACAAAGUAGACAAUCCAAAUGCCUAUCAACUGAUUAAGGACUAAGUAAAAUGUGAUAUACCCAUACAAUAAAAUAUUAUUUAGCAAACAAAAAGGAAUGAAGUACUGAUACAUGCUACACCUGAAUGAAUCUUGAAAACAUUAUUAAGAGGCCAAUCAUAAAAGAUUACAUAUUGUCUGAUUGCAUUUAUAUGAACGCACAACUCAAUAUACUAAAAUCUAUUGAAUUGUACAUUUUACAUGUAUGCAAAUUAUCUCUCAAUAAAGCCAUUCCACCACCA